AUUUCCGCCUCCUCUCGCGCACACAUCAAACUGAAAGAGGAGAGUUUGUUUGCUGCAGUGCAGCCUGCUAAUAUAAGAGCAAUGCCUGUCCACAUGGUGAAAUGUGCUUCUGAUCUGGACAUUAGUGUCCCUCCACACUUCCAGCUGAUCUCCGUAUCAAGCCUCAGCCUCACGUCUGACUGUGUGCACAAGAGUGUUAAGGGUAAAGUGGUUCACAAGGGCCCUGUUGUGUCUUGCAGACAGACAGACCACCUAAUAAAGGCUGUUAUCCAAGAUAAAGACACACAGAGUUCAGACCCAUCACAACACACAUCAAUCAAUGUCAUUAUUUUUGGUACACUUGCGAAGGAUUUUUCACAGGCUGUUAAUCAAGGGGACAUUGUCUUAUUGUCUGGCUUCACCAUCAGUAAGUCGCCCACUGAACAGACCGACAGACUGCAUCCGUGUCUUUUGGAGAUGAGUAGCACUGAUGCCUGCGUGUAUGUGUACUCAUCUAAUGUGUUUGUCUCCAGUGGGCCUGCUGUUGCCAGCUCCGAGUCCAGGUACACGUAUCUCCCUUUAAAUGAACUGAAACCCAACAGAAUAGUGAAUGUGUAUGGUGUGGUGACCUUCUUCAAACACCCUUUUCCCACCAAAGGCACAGAUUACUGCUCCACACUGAAGAUCACAGACCAGUCAAACGCUAAAGUGUGCUGCACCAUUUUCAGUGAAAAGCUCGAGGACCAUCCUAAAAUCUUCAGAAUCGGAGACAUCGUUCGUCUUCACAGAGUGAAGACUCAAAUGUUCAACGGAUCCAUAACUUUACUGACCACUUUAGGCUGGUCUGUCAUCACGUUUGAUGGAAUGAUUGACAGCCCUAUUGAGCCCCGAACAUCAAGUAAAACUUUUCACUUUGGUGAAGCUGAUAAAUGUGCAGUGGAGGCGUUGCGUCAGUGGGCAGCAAGCCAACUUCUAGCCAAUGAGCCCACUGUACCCCUAUCCUCAGUCCAGCCCAGGAUGUUUUUUGAUCUGACCUGCCAGCUGCUAGCCAAAGCCAGCAUGGACACCAGAUGCGUGCUGCUUAAGGUCUGGGAUGGGACAGCAUGUGCGCACCCUCUGCUCAAUGUGACUGUGGCACCAGAUGCCUUGGAAGGAGAUGCCAGUUCCUCUCAAGAGCGAGAGAACAUGAUUGCUAACAUUCUGGUCUACGACAACCAUGUGGAGGGAGCCAGUAAGUUGAAGCCUGGUGUGUUCCUGCGCUUGUACAAUCUUCAUGCAGUGACUCAAAGAGCUCCUGAGCAAUCUGCUGACUGUGCCAGCCUUCUCUCCUUCCACCUGCACAGUGGCACUUCAUACGGUAAAGGCCUGUGUGUGCUUCCCUCCGAGAGUCCCGAGCUCCAGCCCCUCAAGAGACGGUUGGAGAGUUAUGCAGCUGUCGCUCAUGAAGAUGAGGUGAACGAUGCCACUCUUCUUGAUGUUUGGUGUACUCCUCCAGAAGCUCUUGGUGAAGCGGUCAAUAAGGAUUUUUAUACAGUUCGGACAUGUGGCCACGGACUGCAACAGGUAUCUCUUGCUCAUGUGAAGAAAUCGACUGCACCUGUGGUUUGUCACGUUCGCGCCAAGGUGAAAUCUUAUCAACCGCAGAACCUGUACCAGUGCCUCAAACUCUUCUGUCCACAAUGUACAAAACUAGUGGAGGUUCCCAAUGAUGAGGUUAUUGCUCGGGUAUUCGAGGAUGCUUUGAGAGUCAGUCAGCCGUGCAGUGAGCACUGGGCAGUCACCUCUACAGUGGACUGUAUUAGCAUGCACAUGUCCGGUGAGAUGGUCCUGAGCAACACACACAUGCAGCUGCUGUUUCUCCAGGGUGUUACGCUGGAUGAGAUGUGCAUGAUAUCCACUGCUCAUAGCAACAUGGUUCCUGUGCGCUCCGAUGAUGGGAGAAUGAGACUGCUGGAUUUCUCAGCCCCAUUCCUCUUCAGUAAAGACAAGAGAUAUUAUGGGUGUAAACAGUGCUCUCGGUCCACAUUUGUGGAGCCUGAGGUUUCUGAAGUAGAGACGUGGGAUGAAUAUAAUGUGGCCAAAGCUCUUGGCGUGCAGUUGAUGCAGUAUGCUUUGCUGAUGAAAUUUGAGCUAGAGGAUGAGACAGGCACACUUGAAGCUUUCAUUUGGGAAGAUGCUGAGAGGUUUUUCCAUGUCACUGCUGCUGACGCAUCAGCUUGUCAGGAUUCACAGGAUAAAGUUCAGAUCACCAUGGAUAGGCUUCAUCCACCAGGGAGCAGCAUGGCAGAGCGCCCGUGGCUGGACCUCUGUCUUAGCGCCUACACUGUAGAGGAGAAUGGCAAAACUCAAGUGUGCUAUCAGAUCACUAACACAGAAGCAAGAGGCAAUUUGUACACUCCCCAAUGAGGCCCGCUUUCCUCUGGAUGAAGAAUGCUGUGGAAAAACUACAGUAACUUACCUUUGGACUGAACACACUUUGGUUAGAAAUUUGACAAACUGAAAGUGAGAUGAGCAAAAUUUUAUGUAAAAGUUAAAAAAAAAAAAAAAAGUAUAUAAUGUACAUUGUUUUCCAUUAAUAAAGUGAUGUAUCAUUUUCGGGUA